CAAAAUAAUUCUAAAAAGAAUCUGAAACAGACUUCAAAGUUUUCUUUUGCUCACCAACAGUUUCUUGACGCUACUGGAAUUUACUCUUCCGUGACGAGCUCUUGGCCAGUCAUGUCGCUGGGUGCCAUUGUUGUGGCCCUGAUAGCUAUCGCUGCCUUCUCGGCUCAACUUGCUCUUCACAAAAUCCAGGAAGGACAUGUUGCUGUGUACUAUCGGGGAGGCGCUUUACUGAAGCACACCAAUGGUCCUGGCUUCCAUUUCAUGGUCCCGUUCCUCACAACCUAUCGCUUUGUACAGACCACACUACAAACCGACGAAGUCACCAAUGUCCCGUGCGGUACAAGUGGUGGUGUGAUGAUCUACUUUGACCGUGUGGAGGUUGUCAACAUGCUGGAUGGCAGGCACGUCUAUGACAUAGUUCACAACUACACCGCAGAUUAUGAUCGCGUCCUCAUCUUCAACAAGGUCCACCACGAACUGAACCAGUUUUGCAGUGCACACACACUCCAAGAGGUCUACAUCGAGAUGUUUGAUAAGAUUGACGAGAAUCUCAAAUCCGCGCUGCAGAAGGACUUGGAGAGCAUGGCUAAGGGUCUGAUGAUCCAGGCAGUGCGGGUCACCAAGCCUAAGAUCCCGCAGUCCAUCAAGCAAAACUUUGAACACAUGGAGGGAGAAAAGACCCGCUUGCUGGUGGCCACGCAGAAGCAGAGGGUGGUGGAGAAGGAGGCUGAGACUGACCGCAAACGAGCUGUCAUCGAGGCGGAAAAGAAUGCACAGGUUGCCAAGAUUCAGUAUCAACAGAAGAUCAUGGAGAAGGAAAGCCAGAAGAAAAUUGCAGAGAUUGAAGAUCAAACUCUUGUGGCACGACAGAUUGCACGCGCAGACGCCGAGUUCUACAUGGCCAAGAAGAUUGCCGAAUCCAAUAAGGUGAAGUUGACGACGGACUACCUGGAGCUCCAGCGUAUCAAGGCCAUUGCGACCAACAGCAAGAUCUACUACGGCACUAGUAUUCCAAAGUUCUUCAUGGACUCACAGAGCACUGACAAGGCAGGCAUCAAGGCCAAUAUUGAUGUCUUUUCCGAGGACAUUGACUCGGUGGGCAAGUGGUCCACCGACGAAGUACCGAAAACCGAGAAGUGAGAUGUGCACUGUGGUGUUGGUGUCGGUGUGUGCCUUUGCAGGGCGCAGUGCCUCGCUUGGCGCUGGGUGGAGUGCGAGCUUAGACGUGUCGGUAGGUCGCCCUGCUAGAGUACGGGUGUAGAAAUAGAGGUGAGUGUAUGUUAGAGUGUAAUUUGGGCCACUGCUUACGGCCGCCGCGCCUGUACACACACGGCUAAAACUUUAUUAGUGUUUUGUUUCAAUUCUUGACUGCCAGGUCGCCGCUGCAGCCUUGCUUAUUAUCCUAGGGUUCUGUGACAUUCGUUUUAUUAUGGUUUAUCAUUGGCAUAUGAUGUACAGUGGAAUUGGCUGGGUCCGAUGCACCUCGCCAGCCUGGCCCCUCCGAAUGUUCCUAGUCCUGCUUGCACACGCUGCUCUGCUGCUGGUGUCAGCGAGGUCCGCAGUGUUGUUGUAUGCCCUGCGUUCUACGUGUUUUUGCUCACCAUCGAUCUCUCCCUUGCGAGAAUAUUCUGACUUUUUUUACUCCAUUGUGCACAUUUUAGUUGGUGAUGGAAUUCCUAGCGGUUCGCUUUCGAUGAGCUGUUCUAUUUUUCAAGUUUACCCAGCGUUUCUAGCAUUUUUUUUCUUAGCAGUUUCCAGUAUUCUUUUCCUACUUGUAAUUGGUUCCUGACAGUGAUGGUGGCGGUGAAUUCUUUCGGCAUCUUCCAUCUUGUUUUUAGUUCUUUUUGAGACCUGUCUUAUUUUGAUGUUUCUUUUCCCUUUGAAAGUAGCGCGAUUCAUCGUUUUUCCUCUCAA